AUGACGAAGUCGCGGGUAGGGCGGCGGCCUGACGGUCCGGAGGAUGCGAAUCCCAUGAACCGUCGACUGCCCGCAGAGGUCGUGAGCAGACGAAAAGGCAACGAGCAGAGAGUAGGGCCUGGGAAGGGAGCGAAGGAGGAAGCAGCGCCAAGCAACGUCCCAACUGAUCUGAAGCAGGUUCUCGCCAUGAAGCCCGAUGCCCGCGUGAAGUGGUUGGCAAGAGCUGUGCAACAGGCACACCCACAGGAUGGUCGUUUGGCGCCCAAGUCCAUUUACGACAUCAUCGCGCAUGCCAAGUUUGCCAAUGACGUAAGCGAGAAGUCUGGCCAGCGCAUGUAUCGCGUGGUGCACGCCAACCUGUCACUCUUCUCCACCCGGCAGCAGAAGUUUCUCGAGAAGGAGUGCGCGCUGGCAAAGCAGUUCGCUGCCUCGGCCUUUUCCGCAGCUCAAGCCGAAGACGAGGAUAAGACAGCUGCUGCCAUGGAGGACAUGAUGGCUCGCUGCCGCGCUUUCGUGCGCGAACGUCAAAGCGAACGUGGAGAGAGGAAUGACAAAGAAGGCAAUGAGGAGGGUGAGCAGGACGAGGCAGAGGCGGCAGCCGAGCCGGCAGACUUGCAGACCCAUGCCGAGCCACUGGAGCCCUCAGAGCCAAGGACAGAAGAUGCGAAGGUGGUCACCGCCGAGGCAGCUGUCCCUGCGCGAGAGGCCAGCAAGAGCCGCAGCGAUGGCGGCGACCAAGAUCACAGUCAGGUGCCUGCAGUAGAACAUUCAGAGCCACAGGAAGAGAAGUCGCCGGUCAAGGUCAAAGGCAUCACCGAAAAAAUAGCAGAGGCCGCCAAAGCAGAGGAUGCGAAGGAAAGAGAAGCAAAGGCCAAGAAGGACAAAGUGAAAGGCAAAAUCAAAGGCAAAUCAGACAAGAAUGGCUACAAAGACAAGGAUGCCGCCAGUGUCGAGGACAAGCCCAAGAGUAAGGCGAAGACCAGGGAGAAGGAUCGGAAGAGCAGAAGCGGCCGAAAGAAGCACGGGCGGCACAGUGCAGCAUCCUCCAGCGGCAGCAACAGGGACCGAAGCAAGUCCCGAAGCCGCAGCCAUCGCAGAGAUGCCAAGCGCAAAGUGAAAGGCAAAUCGAACCACUCCGACCACUCCUCUGACUCUGCAAGGACCGUGUCGGAGAUGAAGGGAUGUGGUUCCAUUGUGAUGUCUUCCAUGUAUGUCCCUGUCACCUGCUGUGCGUUUGAGCGCGAAAGGGAGCAGGCGUUCUGCACAGAUUGGGUCUUCUUUUAUUCUAAGGGGCUACGCCCAGGGACGGGCAACGAAACGCAGGAGAAGUACCUCAAGCUCCAGAUCUCAAUGCGGGGGCGGCAGUUCCAAGACGGCGAGACCAAUGUGCAAUACUCGAUCCUCCAGACGAAGAAGGAGGCUCAGUCUACUCGACUCAUUUCUUGUGUGGCACUUCUCUUCGCAGCCUGCUCGGCUUGCUCCAUGUACGUGCUACUCCGAAAUUCAGACUCGCACGCAGAGUUUCCAGAGGGGACGGAGGUGAUUCGGCCGGGUUGGGCUUGGACCACCGUCCCAGCGGUGGUGCGCGAAGAAGCGUCGAUGGAGUCGACGAAGGUGGCAGUGAUCCCGGCAAAGACACGGGUUCUUGUUUCGGAACUACGAGGCGUGCGGGCGAGGAUCGCGGAGCCCAUUGAAGGUUGGAUUUCCUGUGUCUCUGACGGCCGACAGAUAGUAACGCUGAAGGAAGUGGAUGAGGAGCUGAACGCGCUUCGAGAGAAGCUUCUGGGCCAGCAGAAGGUUCAACGACAAGUGGAUGCAGCCCUCAAGAAGCGGAAGGAAACAAAAGGAGUUCCCCAACCACAGCCACGCAAGAAGGCUGCCGAGCAAGUGACCGGUGAAGCACAUGCCACUGCAUUACAAGAGAAGGAUUUCAUGGAAGAGCCGGAUCAGCUGCUUCGACGCCACUUCCUUGUCCCGCUGUUGGAGCUCUGGAGUGCGUGGCAGGGUGGUGCCCCAGCUUGGGCCUUGAGCAACGACGAGCAGCUUGUCACAUCCCUCUUCGAGCGUGUAACUCCUGGGGUUGUCUCCAUCGCUCGCGAGCCACCUCCGAAGGACACGCUGGGAGAGAAACCAUCUGCGGGAAUUGCAGGCUCUGGUUUUGUUUGGGACCAGAAGCACGUCGUGACAAACUACCAUGUCAUCAACGAGCUUCAAACGCCAUAUGUGACCUUCCUCCUGAAGGACGGCUCAGGCUCCAAGCGGCUAAGCUAUCAAGCUCAAAUUGUCGGUUACGAUGCUACAAGUGAUGUGGCCGUCUUGAAAGUGGGUAGUCGGGACGGCAUAAAGCCAGACACCCCAAAAGGCCUCAUGCAACCUCUUAAUCGUGGUCGGUCUGACCGGCUGUUGGUGGGCCAGAAUGUCUUCGCUUUCGGAAACCCCUUCGGCUUGGAGCAUUCACUCAGCCGUGGGAUCAUCAGCGGAGUGUCUCGGAGACUCGAGGGUGCUGGAGGAAGGCCAAUAAGUGGAGUCAUCCAGACGGAUGCUAGCAUCAAUCCAGGAAACAGCGGAGGUCCAUUGCUCAACAGCGAUGGCGAGGUGAUCGGAGUCAACACGGCCAUCCUUUCCGGCAGCGGCAUGUUUGCAGGAGUUGGCCUGGCCAUCCCGAUCGACACGGUCUACAAGAACGUAGAGAGCAUCAUUUCCAAAGGCUUCGUAAAGCGCCCCUUGCUUGGCAUUGUCUUCGCACCAGACGUCAUGGACCAAGAGUUGCAGCUCAAUGGCAUCAUGGUGAUGAAGGUAGUCCCAGACGGACCAGCAGCCAACGCCGGUGUUCGUGCAAUGCGAGGCGGUCGAUUGGGAGAUGUGGUAAUUGCGAUGGAUGGAAAGCGCGUGUCUACCACGGAUGACUUGUUCGGCAUGCUGGAGCAGAGAGCGCCGGGCGACACAGUGAAGCUGACAGUCCAGCGAGCUGGCGCCGAUGUUGACAGCGAGAAGCCAGAAGAGCUGGACCUGCCAAUCAAGCUCGGGCAGGCUGCCGAGUGA